GGAGUGACUGGAUGAUGGAAGUUAGUGUGGAUAAUGAAUAAGCACCAAAGUGUAGCCGUGUGUUCAGACACAGGGUCGAGGAUUAAUGAAGUGACCAUUUGAAACAAAGGCGAUUGUGUGGAACAAUGGAAACCUGAUUGCCUGUAUUGGAAUUGUCCAACUUACACAGGGGAACGUAUCGAUGUUUUGGUGACAAAAACAAAAUAGAGGACCUACGUUGUGCCAACGUCAUUUUAAUAUUACUUAAAAAAUGUUUAUGCUUACCCGAAGUGACGUUUCUUCUGUUUGUGAGAGGCUAACUGCUUCGGACAGGCGAAACUUCGAUCGCAGACGUUGCACGUUAGAGCCUCAUCUAAAAACGAAGGAAAAACAUCAUUAAACAGCAUCUUAAAUUCGCCGAGACGGGUCAUCACUCAAAGCAUCAAAUUGCUUUUCCUUAGCGUACGAUUAAUUUUUGCUUCUCGAAUGAUAUUCGAAAAUAUUGUUACCCACAGUGUUAAAUUUCCGAUACCGGUUGACGUCACUUCCUUUAAAAAAUUGCACGCGAAGGAAAACUUAUUGUGUUGCCGUGAGCUAAGGAACAAAUUCAGAAUCAAUUUUUUCAAUGUCGAAUUCGGAGGAAGGUCGUGUCGGUUCUUUUCGGUUGGUCAUAGGGACGACGUCACGGUAGAAUAAGCAAUCAAAGAGACAUUUCGUUUUCAUUUACAGAUGAUUCGAAUGUUUCAGAGUUUCGGGAUUGUGGUUUAUGGCAGUCAGUCGUAAAGCUCAACAAAAAUCGGCCACUUUAACCAAUUCCGGGACACUUCCACGUUUUUAUUUGCAUCAUUUGAACGCUCUUCACACGACCUUUGUCGUAAAGUUGCGCUAUUUGACCAAGUGGAUUUGAUAUAAAUAUAAGCAGUUUGACAGGUACUGGAGGAUUGGAGUCUUAGGUAUAUGUUCAAAAUAUAUUAAGGUUUUUUGUAGGAGCUUGAUUUAUUCGGGCCUGCGUUACUUUUAUUGUUUUCGUCUUGAAUUGAAUGUUUGUUAAUGGCACACGCGCUGACUUGAAACAAAAAGGAAGUUUUAUUGUUUUCGUGGAACGCAAAAAACAAACACUAAUGUAUUUCACUCGUCGACCCUCAAGAAAGCAACUUUCUCUUGUUAUUUCGAUACAAACGUGCUUCAAAUCAACUACCUCAGUUGCUAUCAGCAACACAAUUUCCUUUUCGUCUACAAACAAAAUCGAUAGGUCCCGUAAAUGGCACAGUCGGUAGGAUACACCCCCAUUUUUUGACUUUCAUAAAACUAACCUCUCGUUCGCAAUUAACCCACUACUCCGCAAACUUUCAUGUGCAGCCCUUCCGAAAUCCUCUUACUGACCACUAACAAGUCAAAGCACCCCUAAUAAAACCCCCGCUCGCUUCAUUAUUCCACCAUUACGAGCGAAAGUUCGCAACUCUUCCGAGUUGGGCGAAAAAUCCGCCUUAUCACUUAUAAUUAAAUCGGCGGCGACGAAUUCCGGGGAGCUAAUCAAGCGCACAUCGACGAUAUCAACGGAUUAUCGCUCCGAUACCGCCGCAACCAGAAAAUCCGAAUUAAAUAUCGAUCGAGACGAAUUCUAAUAGAGUACAGAACAAAUAUUUAUCGUCGUUUACUGCUGAAAAGGAAAAUAACGACUCGUGACAAUUAUCCCUGGGCUUUGUAUGCUUUGCAACAAGUACAAUUUGAAUGUUUGCUUUAAGAUAUUUUGUUUGCGAACGACAAAGGAGGGCAGGAAGGAUUUCUGGAGCAGAAAAGUGUUUCUUGAACGUGCGAUAAUAUGAUUGUAGAAACAAAAUUAAACAUAUGCAACCCACAACGAAUGACGUAAUUAUUCGCCAAACCUUGAUAAGAUAGUAGUAAAUACCUAGAUAUAACAAAAAAAUUGUUCGCAAAUAACGAGAAAAUCAUUUUUAAAGGUUUUAUUCACGACAAACUCGGGCACAUUUUGUCGGGUGUAACGACACCUUACGUCAUUUAACCGGACGUAACGCUACUAUUUCACAAUUUGUGUAAGUCUAGCUUGGUUAUAAUGUUUCAUUUCGUCACAAAAGUGUUCCAAAAUUAUGGAACUAAUGUCACACUGUGGAUUUCUCUAAUUACUUUACUAGUGACCUACAUUUACUAUGACGUACGAAAAAAACAAAACUUUUGGGAAAAAAUGGGGGUACCCUUUAUAAAGCCCCGAUUCUUCGUCGGUAGUUUGGAAAUGAUGUCCUCAAAAUCACUUGCCGAGAAACUUCAGACUAUAUAUCGCACUUACCCCGACGCAAGGUGCCACGGUGUUAAUCAAUUUUCGUCGCCGAUUUUAGUGAUUAAAGACCCUGAUUUGAUCAAACAAGUAACAGUGAAAGACUUUGAUCACUUUGUCAAUCAUCGGUCUAUGGCAAUCCUCGACAAUGACCCGUUCUGGAGCAAGAACCUUUUUGCCAGUCGUGACGAGAGAUGGCGCAAUUUAAGAUCUACCUUAAGUCCCUCUUUUACUAGCAGCAAAAUGAAGAUCAUGUUUAGUUUGAUCGACGAGUGUGCGCAACAAUUCGUGGACUAUUUCAAGAAACAAGACGAAGAGGUGGUUGAACUUGAAGUGAAGGACGCUUUGAGCAGAUACACCACUGACGUCAUCGCGACUACCGCAUUUGGUGUUCGUUGUAACUCACUACAAGACAAGAAGAAUGACUUUUACGUGAUGGGGGAAGACGCUAGCAAUAUUGGUGGACUAAGACUUCUCAAGUUUGUUUUUUACGAAAUUAGUCCGUUUUUGUGCAAGUUGUUACAAGUCAGAAUCAUCCCAACUAAUGUUACCAACUACUUUUCAAAAAUAAUCGAAGAUACGGUUAGAACAAGAAGGGACAAAAAUAUAGUUCGCCCCGAUAUGAUACAGUUGCUUAUGGAAGCCCAAAACAAUGAUGCCAACAACCAGAAUAAACGGGAAAUCACCCUCGAUGAUAUUAAUUCUCAAGCUUUUAUCUUCUUUCUGGCUGGGUUUGAAACGGUUUCCACUUUUCUGACGUUCACUCUCUACGAACUCGCGCUUAAUCGGGAUGUUCAGGACCGUCUGCGACAAGAACUUGACUCGGUGAAGGAAACGAUCACGUAUGAAACUCUUUUGGGUUUGAAAUAUCUCGACAUGGUUGUUUGUGAAAGUUUACGGAAGUGGCCACCGGCUAUUGUUACUGAUAGACAAGUCACUAAAAAUUUUACCAUCGAGCCUGAAAAACCAGGGGAAAAGGAAAUCCUGUUGGAGAAAGGUCUGACGUGUUGGAUACCCAUCAUUGGACUACACACUAAUGCUAAAUUUUAUCCCAAUCCGGAAAAGUUUGACCCGGAAAGAUUCAGUGAAGAAAAUAAGCAUAAGAUUCAUUCUUCGGUGUACAUGCCGUUCGGGGCUGGACCUAGGAAUUGUAUUGGUUCGAGGUUUGCAAUUUUAGAAAGCAAACUGAUUAUUUUCUACAUUUUGAGAAAUUUUGAAGUUGUACAAAUUGAGAAAACGCAAGUUCCGAUGGUUCUGGAUAAGAAGAAAAUGAAUCUAGCCGCUCAAGGGGGAGUAUGGCUGGGACUUAAAAAAAUUAAAUAGAUACGAUUUAACUAUUUUAACCUUCAAAAUAUAUAAAUUAAAAUGU